UUCUGAAAUGGAAGAGAAGUCUUCAGUUUCUCCGAUGGUCCUGGUUCACCGUCCUCCGGCUAUAGAUUUUAUAGAUGAGCCUUUGAGUCACAGCUUCACCCUUCUAUACACGCACACCUCACCGGUCCCAAUCCCGCACUUCCUCUCCAGUCACGCCGCCUCGGUCAGAGCUGUUGUCAGCGUCGGCAGGCUUCCCAUGACCGCCGAAUUCAUAUCGAACCUCCCUUCUCUCGAGAUAGUGGUCUGUGCUAGUGUCGGGUUCGAUCACGUGGAUCUUGAUGAAUGCAAGCGUCGCAGAAUCGCGGUCACGAACGCCGGCAAUGCGUAUGGAGAGGACGUAGCAGAUCUUGCGGUUGGUUUGCUUAUUGGCGUUCUCCGCCGUGUUCCUGCCCUGGAUCGAUACAUCCGGUCUGGUCAGUAUACGAGACUCUGGGACUAUCCAUUUGGGUUUAAGUUAAGCAAAAAGAAAGUGGGGAUAGUUGGACUGGGAAGCAUAGGCUCUCUAGUAGCCAAAAGACUUGAACCUUUUGGCUGCAUCAUCUCUUACAACUCGAGAAGCCUGAAACCCGGCGUACCAUACUUGUACCAUACCGACAUUCUCUCUUUAGCAGCCGACAACGAUGUCCUCAUACUCUGCUGCUCUCUUACUGAUGAAACACAACACAUUGUGAACAGAGAGGUGAUGGAGACGCUUGGGAAGUAUGGGGUUAUAAUAAACAUCGGGCGAGGUGGGCUUAUGGAUGAGAAAGAGAUGGUGAAGUGUCUGAUGGAAGGAAUGAUCUGGGGAGUGGGUUUGGAUGUGUUUGAAAACGAACCGGAAGUGCCUGAAGAGCUUUUUAGUCUUGAAAAUGUUGUCUUGUCUCCACAUUCUGCUGGAAUGACGUUAGGGUCUUUGGGCAAUGUCACAGAGUUUGUUCUUACAAACUUGAAAGCGUUCUUCUCGGACCAGCCUUUGAUCUUCCCCGUCCAACUCGAUUGAGUGUGAGGCCCCGUUUGAGCUAAGUGGCUAAUAAAUAAAGUUGAUUUCAGUUACGCUUUGAAUAAUUUGGAUUGUUGUAUCCAUAUUGGUAACUAAAUCGUUGCUAUUACUUAUAACAACCUGUUCUACUA